CAGCGGCGGACGCUGUAGGUAGCGGGAGCUGCAGAGACUGAGCGGAACCGUGUGUAACCUGCGGGUCGGAACCAUGACUGAGACCGUGACCCAUCGGCCCGGCCCUGGGGCCCGCUACCGGCCCAACCGAGCAUACGACUUCCUCUAUGAUCCGUUAUGCACGCUGUCCAGUGAGAAGGAUCACGCACAAGCAAGCUUCAGGGCGCAGCUGUCACAUGACCGCAUGCAAAAGGUUCCAGUUUACCCCACAAUGUUUAGUGAGUUGGUGCACAAGCCCCGCUACUCCCUGCGGCUGCAGCUUAAGGAUCCAGUGCCCCAGUUUAUGGAUCGGCGCUGGAGGGGAAGAGCAGAACAGCGGCUCAAUGCAAUGAGGCAACUGGCACAAUCUCAGGCGCCCCCACCCCAGGUACUGGCUGGAAAUGGGGAGGUGUCAGGACGGGACCGGUACAAGUACUUUGAGCGGCCUCUGGUUCCAUUUGUUCAGCAGGUUCUACCCAAUGUUCUGCUAGCCAUCUCCAGGGCCGAUCUCAGCCCUGCUCCAGACAGGCCGGCAUCUCCUCUGGUACGGACGGUGGCCAUUCAGACAGAUUACCGUGACAGCGAGGCUCAGACAGACCCCUACAGCCCUGAAUAUGUGGCACGCCCCGGAUCAGUUCCUGAGCUGUUGACUCUUGCCAAUCUUACCUGGGGCCGUGGCCUUCCUGCCGGGCUAGCAGAAGUGGAGAUGAUAGAACGAGCUCGGGAGAAGCGGGCGUGGGAGGCAACUCUGCCCCCCCUGAGCGACACCUCUCAGCUGGAAAAGAGGAGGAAGAUGAUGGACGAGCAGGAGAGGAAGGAGUGGGCCUUUAGAGAGAAAGAGAUUGAGAAGCUGCAGGAAGCGCGGCUGGAAGUGCUGCAGAAGCUGUUGCAGAAGAGAGAGGAGAAGCAGAAGGAGAUCGAUACAAAGAGACUGGACUCACGUUGGUCCAAGCUCCAGGCGGAGAAAGAAGAGCGAAUUAAACAGAUCCGCAAACAGCACAUUACAGCAAUCCGGAAACUGACCGGUAAAAUGAACAAUGUAGAAGGCAAGCUGGAGAGGAGGGAUAUAAUCAAGGAAUUUAGUGACUGCGCCUCCCAGACUUACGCACCUCUGUCCCGAAUUGGCUACUUCCCAGAUCGUCUGUCUGAGCAAUAUGUGGUGAAGAGCCCUUUCCUGAACUCCUACCAAGGACUUCUGGAGUUGGAGGCGAAUCUCCCAGACUUUGUCACUCAGCCACGCGUAAAGGUUCCCAAGGUUCGAACCACCACCAGGAGUGGCUUUCUGAAACGCACGGCUGUGUUGGACCGGGAAUUGGAGCAAGUCCAUGCGGCUCUUCUUGCAAACAAAACCAAGACUCCGACUUCGAAGAAACCUCUUCGCUUCCUAGAAAAGAUAGAGAAACCUGCCCCUCGGCCUGAGACCCCCAGAGUGCAGGAUCCCCCUGAGGGGGAUGAGGAGAGGGAGCUGGCAGUGAUCCUGUUACAGAGAUUAAUCCGUGGGCGAGGGAUACAGAACACGAUGUUUGAAGGAAAGGAGAAGCGCGUGGAAUUGAUCCAAGAACUGCGCACAACGCACGCCCUGCAGGAGGAGGGGCAGCUGCUGAAGAAGGCGGAGAAACAGGCGACGCUGGCGCUACAGCGUCAGAGGGAACUCGGGGAGCACAAGGCCUCGGUUCUAGAUUCACACCUCUCCGAGCUGGAGGGGGGGGUUCUCUCCGACAUGUUUGACUUCCUUUCCAAAGAGCUGGUGAGGUUGCAGGAGGAGCGCAGGAUCCAUGCCUUCGCCAUGUUGGCCGAGCGCCAGCGCCGGAUUAGAGAAGCGGAAGAGAGCGGCCUGAGACAGCUGGAGGAGCGACGCAGGCGAGAGGAGGAUGAAAUCUUCAGGCAGCUGGUCCAUGUUCAGCAGAGCACGGUGGACUCGUACCUGGAGGAGAUUAUCCUUAGUGCCACGGAGACCACGGCCGAGGAGCAGGCCCGCCAGGAGAUACAGAGGAAGGCUGAGGAGAUCAAUGACAUUGCGUAUCAGAUGGAAAGCAGUCGCUCCCGGAUCCAGUCGGAGGAAAUUGUUGCAGAACUGGUCUAUAGUUUCCUGAUCCCAGAGGUGCAGAAAACAAGCGUCCGGGACAGAGUGCGGAGGUCACAACGGAGACACAUUCAGGCUGCACACCGGGUUAUCUGCCGGGACACCCAGGCUUUCCUAGAACAGAAUGGGGCAUUACAGAGUACGUUCGGUGGCAAUAACUCCGCCUCAGUCAGUAAAGCCACGCUACAGGAUCCCCGUGGCACAGAGACAGGGGUCCCGGCACAGGAUAUACGGGGUACUGAGAGAGACACCCAGCCACUGGACACGCGUUGGAUAGAGACUCCAUACAGCGGCAAUAUCUUGGCAUCAGAAAGAGAAGCCAUGCCGCAGGAUACCCAUGGCACCGAGACAGAGGCCCUGGCACAGAAUCUAUGUGGCACAGAGACCGAGACCCCAGCACCGGAUCAAUGUGGCACCGAGACAGAGGCCCCAGCACAGGAUCUAAGUGGCACAGAGAGAGAGGCCCCGGCACAGGAUCUAAGUGGCACAGAGACAGAGGCCCCGGCACCGGAUCUAUGUGGCACCGAGACAGAGGCCCCGGCACAGGAUCUAAGUGGCACAGAGAGAGAGGCCCCGGCACAGGAUCUAAGUGGCACAGAGACAGAGGCCCCGGCACCGGAUCUAUGUGGCACCGAGACAGAGGCCCCGGCACAGGAUCUAAGUGGCACAGAGAGAGAGGCCCUGGCACAGGAUCUAAGUGGCACAGAGACAGAGGCCCCGGCACAGGAUCUAAGUGGCACAGAGAGAGAGGCCCUGGCACAGGAUCUAAGUGGCACAGAGAGAGAGGCCCCGGCACAGGAUCUAAGUGGCACAGAGAGAGAGGCCCCGGCACAGGAUCUAAGUGGCACAGAGAGAGAGGCCCCGGCACAGGAUCUAAGUGGCACAGAGAGAGAGGCCCCGGCACAGGAUCUAAGUGGCACAGAGAGAGAGUCCCCAGCACCGGAUCUAUGUGGCACCGAGACAGAGGCCCCAGCACCGGAUCUAUGUGGCACCGAGACAGAGGCCCCAGCAGUGUGAGACACAAGGCCCAGACUGAUCCACUUUCCACGGGGAGGCGCCUGAGUGAUAUGAGAGUGUAGAACAGAAUGUUCCAUUAAAGGCAGCAGGAAUAAUUGCAAUUUGCUGCACAUUAGGCACAGAGGGGCGCGGUGCCCCAAAUCACCAGCGGCACAAAAGCAAUAAACCCACUGUAAAGCCUGAGAGGCUUCUGUC